AUGGUAUCUGCGAACAAUUUGCAUCUGCUUAUUUCCGUUCUCAUCGUGUGUGUUACCCAGCACAUCUUGCAGGUCCAGGCGUCCCCCCUCCAUGCGACAGUGAUAUCUCGGGAACUGGCCAACAACACCCAGCAAUAUGAUUUCAUCAUCGCUGGCGGCGGGAUUGCGGGCCUCACUCUAGCAGAUCGCUUGACGGAGAACCCAGAAGGCAAUUGGUGGACGGCGGCAGAGGAUAUUGGGGUCACUCCUUGCGAGGAUCCCAAUGCCGGCAACGUCAAGGGCAUCUUCUGGCUUCGCCUUUCGGAAGACGCUGUAACGAGACACCGCAACCACGCCCGAAUUAAUCAUUACGAAAGAGUAAUUGCCACGAGGCCGAACUACCACCUCUUGCCGGGCACCACUGUCGCAAAGGUACUGUUUGAAGGGACAAGAGCCGCUGGUAUUGAGCUCUUGCCCACAACAGGAGGAAAUAUCACGGCUGUGCGUGCUUCGAAGGAGGUCAUACUUGCAGCGGGUGGGCUUCAUACGCCACAUAUCCUUCAGCUUUCUGGGCUCGGCCCCGCGCCGUUACUGACAAGCUUCGGCAUCGACGUCGUUUCGAACCUGCCUGGAGUGGGACAGAAUUUCCAGGACCAGCCCACGAUCACGAUGUCGUACAACUUCAGCAAUAACGUGGAGCCGAAUUGGAACAGUCUGCUUGACAACGCCACGUACGAUGCAGAGCAGUUUGCUCUCUACAACACUUCCCACCCGGGACCGUACACAAUCACACGCACACUCAGUACCAACUUCAUAUCUCUUCCAUUAAGAAAUCUGACUUCGAAAUUUGAUAGCAUUGUUGAUCCAGCUCGCGAUAUCAGCAGUCCUGGUGCCUUCCUGCCUCCAGACACAGACCCCACUGUGGUGGCAGGGUACACAAAACAGCGAGAGAUCAUGAUUGACCAGCUCGAGAAAGAUAUCUCAGUCGGAGGAUUACACUGGGGUACCGCAAACACCGGCACACUGUACUUGUUCAAGCCAUUCAGCCGCGGCACAGUCAAUAUCAACUCGACAGACCCUCUGACAAACCCCAUCGUCGACUUCCGCGCGGCAACCGAUCCAACCGACUUGGACGUAGCGGUAGCUCUCGUGCGCAAAGCACGAGAUAUUAUGGACGCACCAUCCAUGCGGGUGCUGGGGCCAACAGAGCUGACUCCAUUCGGGCAAGACGUACAGACAGACGACGAGGUCAAGGAGGCCAUCCGCCAGACUUUGACCCCGUCCAAUGGGCACGAAUGUUGCACUGCAGCCAUGAUGCCCAGGGAGCUCGGAGGUGUAGUCGAUGAUCAGCUGAAAAUUUACGGAGUCGAGGGGCUACGGGUAGCAGACAUCAGCUUCUGGCCAAUGCCACUCAAUGGUGCCCCGAGCGCGACGGUGUACGCGACGGCGGAAUUGCUCGCUGAUAUGAUCAAGGAUGAACACGAGCUUCAAUAA